AUGAGCCCUUCCCUGCCUCAUGAGUCGCAGCAGGCUGCGGUAGAUUCCCCAGUGAGUCCGCAGUCAUCCAGCGGACUAUUUCCUCCAUAUUAUCCAGAGAGGACCACGAGUCUUCCUCCAUCCGACACGUCGUCGACUGGGCAAAGGUCCCAAUCUCAGGCCUCAAACAAAACAUCUUCACAAGUCUAUACUCAGGAAGCGAUAGGUGCUGUUGCGGGCGACUCGACACCUAAGAGGAAGUCAUUAUGGCAAAAGUUUACUUAUUUCUUUCUCGUUGUGUUAAGUCGAGGCUGGUGCAUCGAAUACAUCUCCUGCGUAAUUAGCGUUGCGGCUUAUGUGAGCAUCGUUCUUGUGCUCAACCGGUAUGAUCAGAAAGCUAUGCCGUCGUGGCCAAUGGGGAUUACUCUCAAUACUCUUUUGGCAUUUUUGACUGCCGUCAGUCAGACAUGCUUUGUGCAGCCAGUGGUGCAAGGUCUUUCUCAGAUGAAAUGGAAUUGGUUUGCUAGUAAAAGUAGGCCUCUUGCGGAUUUUGAGUCCUUCGAUAAUGCCAGUCGAGGUGCAUGGGGGAGUAUAUUGCUUGUUUUCAGCACAAAAGGAAGAUUAUCUGUCUUGUUAGCAGCUGUCAUUCUGGUGACAUCUGCUGUAACGUCUACAAUCACACAAGCAGCACUCUCUCAAGAUACCAGAUACACACCAGGAACUGGAAAUGCGACAACUGAGCGCUUGACCACUGAUUACGGUCUCCAAAUGGGAACCAUCAACGAGGCAAUGGCCAUUAUGAUGAACGCAAUGUAUACUUCUGCCAAUUCGACUUACGAAUUUGACACACCCUUGUGUUCGAGCGGAAACUGUGACUGGCCUACCUUCGGCUCUCUCGCCGUAUGCUCUCAAACAAAUGAUAUCACCGACCAACUCCGUACGUUGACUGGCGAGGCACAAUGCUGCUGGCAAAACUCGACAGCCAACAAACUGGAGCCCUGGAAUUGGGGUCCAGCGACGUGCCAGAAUUGCACAUACUCGGGACUACCAAAUGGAUUCUAUUUGGAUUACUUCGCAAGUGGUAACAUGGCAAACACGUCAAAUAUCUGGCUUUCGGCGGAAGGGAAUGGUAGUGCAUGGUCAAAUGUUUAUUCCUUCACCAACGAAACGUUCGGACCAAAUGCCCUGAAUGCUGUGCAAGUUGUCUACCUUGACUCCACUGACGAGAGCUACUACAAUAUUUCAAUUGGCCUGCCGAAUUCAACUGUUCUCCUGAAUCACUCACGGGCCGCAGAGACUUUAUUCUAUCUCUGUGCGCAAACUUACGACGUUUCAACCACUAAUGGCUCUGCGACGACAACAGUCAACGCAACUUUACACUCUAUCAACGAUACCCAAGCGGUCACAGUCACGGACGGAAGCCACUACAACAUAGACACGUUUCAUACAUUUAUUCUUGAUGGUCAGAAUUACAGCUAUUAUACGGUAGACUGGAAUCUAGGCCAGAUGCUUUCUAGUUUCACCAGCGGAUUCUAUAAUUACGAUGUAACCGGUGAUGGGCUUGAUGUCAUGACACCGUUCAGUUAUGCUGUCGGUAAUACUCUUUAUCAUACUGUGGAUGUCAGUACUUCGAGCGCUACUACGGAUGGUUUGAUGCGCCAAGCUUUGGCCAGUAUGGUUGAUAAUAUGGCGAAAGGAUUGACGAAUUGGCUCCGAAGCAAAGGAACUGCUGCAGAGGGCCAGGCAAACACCCUCGAAAUCUUCGUCGUUGUGAAAUGGGACUUUUUGAUCUUUCUCGGAGUGCAGGUACUACUAUCUGCAGUCUUCCUCGUCUGGAUUGUGGCCGACUCGAGAAUCAGAAAGACCAGGAUUCUAAAGGAGUCAGCAUUGGCAACACUUUUGGCUAUUCCCGGAAGCGACAGGGAGUAUCUUGAAGGUCUAUUGUCUGCUACAGAAGAGGGUGAAAUGGGUGCAGAGCGAAGGGAGGAUAUUGAACAAAACUCUCGUGCAAAAUUGAUCAAGGAUACCAUAACUGGACAAUGGAGUUUGAAGGUUGUGGAUCAGAAGGUCUGA